AUGGUUGGCACAGCCGUCCACUUCGGCGGUGGUAACAUCGGCCGUGGGUUCAUCGCGGAGCUGCUCCAUGAGACUGGGUAUGAAGUCAUCUUUGUCGAUGUCGUCGACGACCUCAUCAACCGAAUCAAUGCCUCCAAGUCGUACAAAAUCACAGAGGUUGGCGAAGAAGGGGAGAAGAGCAAGGUCAUUACAAAUUACCGUGCGAUCAACUCAAAAUACAACAUGGACGAGGUCGUCCAGUGCAUCGCUGACGCCGACAUUGUCACUUGUGCCGUCGGUCCCAACAUCCUCAAGUUCAUCGCCAAGCCAAUCGCUGAUGGCAUCACUGCACGCACAAAGUCCAAGCCUCUUGCCGUCAUUGCCUGCGAGAACAUGAUCAAUGCCACCGAUGCCCUCAAGGCUCUCAUCACCGACGAGAAGAACAUGAAGCCCGAGGUUCUCAAAGAUCUCCCCUCCAAGGCUGAGUUUGGCAAUUCUGCAAUUGACAGAAUUGUCCCAACUCAGCCUGCACAUGCCAAUCUCGACGUCGUCAUUGAGAGCUUCUACGAGUGGUGUGUUGAGACCACUGGGUUCAAGUCGGGCCAUCCCAAAGUCAAGGGCAUCCACUGGGUCGAUGACCUCGAGCCAUAUAUCGAGCGCAAGCUCUUCACGGUGAACACCAGCCACGCCACUGCCGCAUAUUUUGCCUACUACAAGGGCAUCAAGACCAUCCACGAAGCCAUGGCAGAUCCCGAGAUCCGACAAGAGGUUCAUGAGGCUCUGGAGGAGACUGCGCACCUCAUCAGCGGCAAACAUGGCAUCACUCCAGAGGAGCAACAGGAAUAUGUCGACACCAUCAUCUCUCGUAUCUCCAACCCGCACCUCGAGGAUGUCCCGGUCCGCGUUGGGCGCGCCCCCCUCCGAAAACUUGGUCGCAAAGAGCGCUUCAUCGGUCCCGCCGUUCAAUUGGCAGAACGUGGCUACGAUGUGACGGCUCUGGUCCGCGGUGUGGAGAUGGCUCUUCGAUUCCAGAACGUGGAAGGUGACGAGGAGAGUAAGGAGUUGGCACAGAUCAUGAGCACCCUGAGCCCCGAGGAAGCAACCACCAAGCUCACUGGCCUCGAGCCGAGCCACCCUCUCUACACCAAGAUCUUGGAGAAGGUCAAGAUCGUCCAGAAUGAGAAGAAGUGA